AUGAAUAUUGCGCCAGUCACGAAAGUGAGCUCGUCGGCCUGUCCGCAGGUCAAACGUUCGAGUGAACUCGGAACAGGUGCAGAAAAGUUCCUCGGCUUCGGGGGUCAAUCGCCUGUUUACGCCAAAGUAUUUAUUCUCGUUUCUAAGGAGCCGAAUCUCAAAGCCAACGUCAAACACGAGGAAUGGACCACAAAAAAGAAGGUGGUGAAUCAUAAAACUAAACAGGUAGAAACUCGGGUUCAGCGACAGAUAGUUCUCGAAGAUGGCAAAGUUAUCGCGGAUAGCGGCCCUCAGAUCUCUACCAGAACUAAGGAAGAUAACAGAACGGAAGAAACCGAAGAUACCGAACACAAAACCGUUCCGGAAGAUCAUCCCGAACCCGGUUACGUUCCCGUACCCGGUGCGGUUCAGGUGGUAAGCGAGAAAACCGAAACUCGUCAAGUAAUGAAGGAAACUAAAGAAGAAAAUAUGCAAUUGCACGACGAGAGAAUCCACGAAUUAACUGGUUCCGAGAUGCACCACAUGGCUCUCACUCUUCCCGAAGAUAUUCCAUACAUCGGAGGAGAUCCUAAGCAAUUUCCCGGAAAACUCACUCAUUAUUCGAGUCGCUCAAACAAGGUCACCGAUAAAGACGAGAUCAAGGAAGUAUCCCAACUGAAAGAUGGCGAACUGACGACGGAAACCACCAGAACCCACCAUCACGAGGAGACUUGCGACGACGAAGUUCCGGAAGACGAAGUGGACGGGCUUCCUCUACCGGAAAUGUCUGCCGAGACUACUAGAAAAAUCGAAUAUUACGCGGACGACGAACUCGAUAGCCUUUCGGAGAAAAUGCGUCGCGAAACGGCAAUCCGAGAAUUGAUGGAAAGGCACGAUCCGCUGACCAAGAAAAAUUUGGACGUGGAAGAAGAAGAAGAAAUUCGAAAUUGCGAAACUAACAGAUGGCUGGAAAAUCAUUUCGGCUCGGACGAAAGCGACGUGGUAGAAACGUCGAAAACAAAAGCGGGGGGAAACGUGAUAAAAAUUCAAAUGUCCAGUACCAAGCGACCGAAAGAAUCGGAACAAAGCAGGAUGAGGGAGAGUAGAACUCACGAGUACAACGAAUCGAGACAAUCUACUCCGAGACGUCCGGCAACACCUCCGACGGUCUAUUUUAGAAACACGUCGAAAUCUCCAAAUGGCGAAAAAUCGCCGGUUAAAACCUACUACAUGGGAGAAAACGCGAAUAACAGAUGGACACAUCUCAAAAAGUCCACCUGGAAAUCGACGCCGUCCCUAACGGAUAAUCUGUCGGCCCGAACGGAAGAGCAAAAAGUACGAAAACAUGAUUCCUUUCGCCACGAUCAGAAACAACACACCACGGUGCAACGAUCUCACUCGCAAAGAGAUCCGGUCAGAAGAUACGACGUCACCCCCAAAAGAAGCUAUCUGUUGGGUGACGAUCCCGCUACCUUGCCACGUAAUUACACAAACAGGGAAUCUCAUCAUAGGUCGGAACGUCUGUCGAACAACAAGAUAACACACGAGGAUCGCGAAACCCAAACGUUGCCACGCCACUCUUCGAAAAAGAACCCCAGAUCGAUUUUAACCAACUCGCGCACACCUAAGACUUUUUAUUUUGGUGACGAAACCGACACGUCUUACCACAACCAGUCUUUUCGAAGUGACGUUUCCAGUUUUCGUAGCCAGUCCACUCAAGAUCUGAGCAAAACCGCCAGCGAUCGUUUUCAUUCCACCCACAGUCUGAAGCGCUCUCCUCACAAUUAUAGUCAGUCCAUACACGAUCUAAGCCACGGCCCCAAUUAUCAGAGAUUCUUGGAUAAGAGAAACGAGUUGAGAAGCACUCCUAUUUAUCACACGAUAGAGAGAGAUACGUCAAAUCGACGCAUGGACAAGAGGGAUUUCAGAAAUUACAGUUACUCUGACCACGAGCGAAGUAUGGGUGACAGUUACAACGAAACCAACGGUCGAGUCUACAACGGUCAUUCGGAAAGCAAGAGACACGAUUUUAUGAGAAGAUUGUUGGAUAAUUGCGAUCACGAAUCGAGCCAUUCUUGGAGCAGAAAGAGCGGCUCGUCCCCCAGAGUGUACGAACACAGAUUUCGUUCUUCCAGCCCCAUACCGAGGUUAAUAAGAUACAGCAAUUCCACGUCGCCGUCUCCACCCGAAUCGCCUACUCUGGCUCCCUCCUCUCCUUCGCUUCUCCGUCACCCACCGGAUAGCAGAACGAGUACCUUGUCUUCGCGUAGGAGUGCCGCUGGAAGGACAAAAUCCUACGGUCCCGUUAUCAACCCACCAAACUUCUCCCCUCUGUCCAGCCCUCUAGAGAUCAAAAACAUGACGAAACACGGUGGAUCUUCUAGCAGAAACGGACAUACUCACACAAUAGAAGUCAGAGAUUGGGGUAACAGGUAGAGGGCCACAACAGUGCCCGUCAAACAGGUGCUAUUUUGUAAAAAGCUGUAAUUUUUGAAUUUGGAAUAUCUGUGCCAUAAUAUCGGCUGUUUCCUAAGACUUUUGGGUUUCGUUUUCUAUAUAUUAGCUAUAAAAAAAAAAGGAAGAAU